AUGUCGCUCGUCCUCCCCGGCACGACCAUCCCCCUUCCCUCCUCCUCGCGGGUGACCCUUGGUCCCGGCAUCGCGCCCGCCCCCUCCCGCGCCGACCCACUCGCCUCUGAGCCCACAUACUCUUCCACACGCGCAGGCCUCCUCUCCUCCGCGGCGAAGGGCAAGGCCGCCGACCGCGGCGAGAGCCUCUGGGUUGAGGGUGUGAGCAAGCGCUACGUUGCGGCGCAGCGGGAUAUCGUUCUGGGCUCCAUCAUCGCCCGCCAUGCGGAGGGGUAUCGAGUCGAGAUUGGGAGCGCGCACCCUGCCGCACUAGAUGGACUUGCGUUCGAGGGCGCGACGAAGCGGAGUAAGCCGAAUCUCAAGGUCGGGACGCUUGUUUACGCACGCGUGUCGCUUGCGAAUCGCGAUAUGGAGCCUGAACUCGAGUGUGUUGACCCCGCCACGGGACGGUCUGAAGGCUUUGGCGAGCUCAAGGGCGGCUUGAUGGUGUGCUGCUCGCUGCAGCUGUGUCGCAAACUUCUGAGUCCCAAGUAUCCCCUCCUCCAGCUCCUGGCCGCACACAUCCCGUUCGAGACCGCAAUUGGACUGAACGGGCGCGUGUGGUUCAAGGCGGCAAGCGUGGACGGAACCAUUGCGCUACAGCGCAUUAUCGAGGCGGUUGACGCCGGGACCCUCGACGCUACGGACAAGGCUGAGGUGGACAAGACCGUCAAGAGCUUCCUCGCAUAA